AAACAGCGGCUCAUGUUUCCUCACGGACACCUUUCCCAGCCGUGUCAGCGUGUGUUGAAGUUGGUGAAAUUUCGGAAGAAGACCCCGUGUUUUCAGUGAAUUGUUUUUAAGUUCCGAUUUAACAGUGAUAUGGCCUCUGCUGAGGUGGUCCUGGGUUUCCUGGAGGAGGCCGAACCGUGGCGGCUUCGGUCCUCUCAGUUCCCCAGCAAGGUCGGAGGGAAGCCGGCGUGGCUCAGCCAGAGGGGCCUGCCCUCCCACUCCGAUCUGGAGUGUGAGAAAUGCGGGCUGCCCAUGGUCUUCCUGCUGCAGGUGUAUGCGCCGAUCUCAGGUCAGGACAGAAGUUUCCACAGAACGCUCUUCCUGUUUUGCUGCAAAACCCCCGAGUGCUAUUCCCACAACGACAGCCGCUGCAUGAAAGUUUUCAGGAGUCAGCUCUCCAGGAAGAACGAGUUCUACUCCUACGACCCUCCUACAGAUGAUGAGCCACCAAACGCCUCUGAAGAGGACUCCAGCCUCUUAUCCGUCUCUGGAGUCAAACUGUGCUGGGUGUGUGGCUGCCCUGGAAACAAGGCCUGCUCCCGCUGCCACACCGUGACCUACUGUGGAAGACACCACCAGACGGUCCACUGGAAACACUCCCACAAAAAGGAGUGCCUCGGCGCAGAGGCGCCCACUGCUGCCGCCGCCGCUGCUGCCUUUCUUUUCCCUGAGUCUGAGCUCGUCACUGAGCCUGAAGAGGAAGGGGAGGAUGGAGAAGAUGCGGACGGAGAAGAUGCGGAGGCCCAAGUCAGAGGAGGAGGAGAAGAGGUCAGCGUGCCGAAGAGUGCCGAUAAUCCGUCCGCAGCUGAUGCGCUGGCCGAGGCAGAUCUGGAGGCGAUGGCUUUGCACGAGACCGAAGACAACAAAGCGUUCCGGCGGUUUAAGAAGAAGAUCGCCUCAGAGCCACACCAGGUGAUACGUUACAGUCGAGGAGGCUGUCCCCUGUGGGUCUCCUCUGAUCACGUCCCUUCAGAGGGGGAGAUCCCAGCAUGCACCUGCGGCGCCCAGAGGACGUUUGAGUUUCAGGUGAUGCCCCAGCUGUUAAACGAUCUCCGCGUGGACUCGACAGGAGCCAGCAUCGACUGGGGGACCGUGGUGGUUUACACGUGCUCCGCCAGCUGUAACCACCAAGACCAGUACUGCUCAGAGUUCAUCUGGAAACAGGACUUCAGCUCAGAUCAACAGACGCAGAAUAAAAACACGUAGUCCGUCUUUGUCGAUUGUAGCUGGCUGAAAGCAGAAGUGCUCAAAUAAAGUAAACAAAGUUUCACCUCUGUUUCCUCAUAUAGACAGUGAUCUCAUGAAGGAAUUGCCCACUGCUGGUGGGGGAAAAAAGCCUUUUUAAGUGUAAAGGAGCUGAUCAAAGAGAAGUAAAGCCAAUCCACAUUUGAUAAACUGCAAACAUGGCCACGGUUGUGGCUGACAGUGCCGUCUUUCUCUUGAGAGAGUCCAGGUAGAUUAUUUUUAACUAACAAUUUUAUAUUCUGGGUGGAUUUGGACCAUCUGGACUGCUAUGAAUAAACCGCUUUGAACAGUUA